GAGCCGGCGCGCGGAGGCUUCGGUCCUGGCAGCAGCGGUGGCUUCUCCGACCCCGAGCAGCCCUGCAGAGCCCAUGGAGGCAGACAGCGUCGUGGUCCGAGGGGCGGCCCCAGGGCCCCCCCGGCCUGGCCUGGUGCCCGUCAGCAUCAUUGGGGCCGAGGACGAGGAUUUUGAGAACGAACUGGAGGCGAACCCAGAGGAGCAAAACAGCCAGUUCCAGAGCCUGGAGCAGGUGAAGCGGCGUCCAGCCCACCUGAUGGCCCUCCUGCAGCACGUGGCCCUGCAGUUCGAGCCAGGACCCCUGCUCUGCUGCCUGCACGCGGACCUGCUGGGCUCUCUGGGCCCUAAGGAGGCCAAGAAGGCCUUCCUCGACUUCUACCACAGCUUCCUGGAGAAGACCGCGGUUCUGCGGGUGUCUGUCCCUUCCGCUGUCGCCUUUGAACUUGACCGCACGCGGCCUGACCUCAUCUCCGAGGACAGCCAGCGGCAGUUCGUGCAGGAGGUGGUGCAGAGCCAGCAGGCAGCCAUCAGCCGGCAGCUGGAGGACUUCCGAUCCAAGCGGCUCAUGGGCAUGACACCCUGGGAGCAGGAGCUGACCCAGCUGGAGGCCUGGGUGGGGCGGGAUCGCGCCAGCUUCGAGGCCCGGGAGCGGCUGGUGGCGGAGCGGCUGCUGGCCAACUUGGAGGAGAUGCAACAUACCAUCUCUACCGAUGAAGAAAAGAGUGCCGCUGUGGUCAACGCCAUCAGCCUGUACAUGCGCCACCUCGGGGUGCGGACCAAGAGCGGGGACAAGAAGACGGGGAGGAAUUUCUUCCGGAAAAAGGUGAAGGAAAACCGGCGCUCAGAUGAGCCCACCAAGACCAAGAAAGGACUGAGCAGCUUCCUGGACGCUGCCCGAUGGAACCGGGGAGAGCCCCAGGCCCCAGAUUUUCGACACCUCAAAACGGAGGCUGAUGCUGAGAAGCCAGGCCUCACAGAACGGAAGGGAGGCCUGGGGGUGCCCUCCCGGGACCGGAAUGUUGGGGUCCCUGGGCAGGACUCCCCUGGAGUUUCACUGCAACCUGUAUCCGGGGACAGUCCUGACCGGGAACCAGGUGAGGCCUCCCCGGAGUUGGGGGACCCGCCCCCGCAGGGCCCCGCCAGCCUGGAGCCCCCAGCGCCCCUGGAGAGCACCGAGGAGGGUCCUGAUACAGAGAGCCCUGAGCCCGGAGAUGAGGGGGAGCCGGGACGGUCAGGACUGGAGCUGGAACCAGAAGAACCCCCCGGCUGGCGGGAGCUCGUACCCCCCGGCACCCUGCACAGCCUGCCCAAGGGCCAGGUGAAGCGGCAGGAGGUCAUUAGCGAGCUGCUGGUGACGGAGGCGGCCCACGUGCGUAUGCUGCGGGUGCUGCACGACCUCUUCUACCAGCCCAUGGCCGACGGGGGCUUCUUCCCCCUGGAGGAGCUACAGAACAUCUUCCCCAGCCUGGACGAGCUCAUCGAGGUGCAUUCUCUGUUCCUUGAUCGCCUGAUGAAGCGGAGGCAGGAGAGCGGCUACCUCAUUGAGGAGAUUGGAGAUGUGCUGCUGGCCCGGUUCGAUGGUGCCGAGGGCUCCUGGUUCCAGAAAAUCUCCUCCCGCUUCUGCAGCCGCCAGUCGUUUGCCUUAAAGCAGCUUAAAGCCAAGCAGCGCAAGGAGCCUCGUUUCUGUGCCUUCGUGCAGGAGGCCGAGAGCCGCCCGCGGUGCCGCCGCCUGCAGCUGAAGGACAUGAUCCCCACGGAGAUGCAGCGGCUGACCAAGUACCCCCUGCUCCUGCAAAGCAUCGCGCAGAACACAGAGGAGCCUGCGGAACGGGAGAAGGUGGAGCUGGCGGCCGAGUGCUGCCGAGAGAUUCUGCACCACGUCAACCAGGCCGUGCGGGACAUGGAGGACCUACUGCGGCUCAAGGACUAUCAGAGGCGCCUGGACUUGUCCCACCUGCGGCAGAGCAGUGACCCCAUGCUGAGCGAGUUCAAGAACCUGGACAUCACCAAGAAGAAGCUGGUGCACGAGGGCCCACUGACAUGGCGGGUGACAAAGGACAAGGCUGUGGAGGUCCACGUGCUGCUGCUGGACGACCUGCUGCUGCUGCUCCAGCGCCAGGACGAGCGGCUGCUGCUCAAGUCGCACAGCCGGACGCUGACCCCCACACCCGACGGCAAGACCAUGCUGCGUCCGGUGCUGCGGCUCACCUCCGCCAUGACCCGGGAGGUGGCCACCGAUCACAAAGCCUUCUACGUCAUUUUCACCUGGGACCAAGAGGCCCAGAUCUAUGAGCUGGUGGCGCAGACCGUGUCAGAGCGGAAGAACUGGUGUGCCCUUAUCACUGAGACCGCCGGGAUCCCUGAAG